AUGUUAAGGGUCUUGUUUGGGUAUGAAAAGCACCUGCAGAUGGUUGACGAUGUAUACAAAGAUGGCAGCGCAGGUGAUGAGAAGCUGUCGAAAUUUAUAACAUAUCUGAAGUCGAGGACAUCCAUCAUCCCAAGCACCCUCGACUAUUUGAGAGUAAGGGCCCGAGAGGAGGUGCAUAAUAUACACAGGCUCAAGAUCGGAUCGAAGCUUCUGAGGCAAAUCAUCGAUCAGCUAAGAGGUGUGUCGAUCUGCUACGAGUCUCGGAUAAUAAGGAUAUUUGUUGGGGUGAUUAAGGAGAUCCUGCGACUGAAGAGAAAUGGAGACUUCGAGUAUUCUGAUCACCAGGAAUUUCUGGAUGUGUUUAAGCACUUCUUUGGGACUGUUCCAAUCCGGGCAUACGAAAGCGAAAGGUACAUCCGCAAGAUUCUUUUUAUUGCGACGGAGGCGACAAAGGUUACUGUGAGUUCCGACGGGGCCAAGACUGGUUUUGAUGAUGAGGAUGGCAGGGUAGUCGAUGAUGGAGGAGAGGCGUAUGGAAGAGCAGGGAUUUCCGACGACGAAACAAGCAGUCUGACUGAUCUUGAGAAGUACAAGAACGAGGAGAGAGGCGAGAUAUCCAAUGCUAGAUUUGAGUACUUCUUCCUGGAGGUCAUGCACACGCUUAUGGAGGUCGAGGACAUUCUAAGGAUCGACCACGACGAGAAGUAUAAGUGGCUGGUAGGCUCUCUCAUGAAGCGCGAGGAGGUGAAUAGCGCCAAAAGAAUCGAGAUAUUCAGGCUGGUGGCUGGGAAGGCAAACAUCAUCAGUGGAAACAGCCUUAUCUACUACGUGCUGAAGUAUGGAAGCUGCAUGAGGAAAUCCUGCGCAAGGAUUCUGACGGAGCAUCUCGAGCCCGAUCUCUAUCCACAGAUAAUUCUCCAAGUCAACAUGAACAUCCUGGAAAGAGGGAAGAAGCUGUAUAGGGACAGAAGAGGAGCUGGAGAUAGCAGAGCGGUUGAAGAAUGCGAGUUUCUUGCCCAGGAGGGCGUGGAGGUUCUGAGUUCGUACGAGGUACUUCAUCUGAAUCAGAAGGAAAUAGUGCUGAGCUUCUUCAGCAUCUUUGAGAUGUUUUUCUCUGGAGAGGACGACAAGUUUCUCUUCAUCGUCUCAUAUGCAAGAGAGUACUUUGAGAAGUGCAGGCCGAUAUCCGAUGUGUUCUACAGAUUCCUCAAGAAGAUCUUUCAGGAGCAGGAGCCCGGUGGAUACACAGAGAGCUUUAGGGCAGCAAUGUUUGGAGAGAUCCAGAGGUACUUUGUCGUUCACUCUGACUGCAUUCCCAAUGCAAGAUUCAUGACUCUCCUCCUGAACUCGGCGGUGGGAGAGUUUGUACCGUUUUGUUGCAAGAUACUGUAUCUGGCAAAGGACUACUUCAUGGCCCGAACGCUGAAUCCUUUUAUGAGGGAGAGGGCCAUGGGGAGGCUUCGAGCGCUCUUCUACCAGACGAGGAACAGGGACAUACUGUAUCUUCUGGUGGAUGUUGUUGGGCAUGAUGCCUCCAGAGACGACCAGUACAAGACAUUAUGCCUCUUCAGUGAGAAGAAGAUUCUGAGCGGGCAGCUAGUCCGAGAGAUGUACAAAGGUCGGUAUUCGAGUGUUUCUGAGAUCCUGUCUUCGGAGUUCGGUUGUGAAUCGCUGAAGCCCUAUGAUCUAGAUGAGGACAGGAGGAUAUGCGAGACUGUAGAUCCCGGCGGGAAGGCCCGGAACUGCGAAUACCUUAUGAGUGGGACCAGAAGAUGCACUCGGAUAGCACUGAUUGACUAUGAAAGGCACUUUCGAUGA